AUGGACUACAAGAUCAAAGGCGAGCUUUCAAUGUUGAGGAAAAAAUACGAAAAGCUCAAACAGGAGAACCGAGCGUUAAAGGCAGAACUGAGCAGUUACCAAGAAAGAGAAAAUAAGACAAAACAGAAGAUGGUACGGUACAGUCAGCUGUGCACAAGCUUGGAUAAUAGCAUGGAAUGCACUUUAGAGACAGACAUAGAACGGAUCGAUCAUAUCUACGGCAAUAUCAGCGAUAAAGAACUGCAAAUGAUCAUCGAUAAGGUACAACAAACAUUAAAUUUUGAUGUUUUUAGGAAAUACUGCGACAACGAGGAGGUUUUUAACAUGUUCGCGCCGAUUUUCGUGCGAAGGCAUCCGCUGAAGAUGAUCGCACUGCUAGGAAAUGUUGAAAGACGAAAAAUUAGGGAUGUUAAAGUGGCAGAGUUCUUUGAUAAAUUUGUGCGUAGACCAUCCCAGCACAGGAGUGUGGAUUAA